AUGAAAUGUACACGAAAAUCGGUCCUAAGAGAUGAAAAAAAGAAACUCUUUCAGCCCAAGCGCACUGCUACAAAACUGAAUUUUCGCAAUGCUGCUUCAGGUCCGAAUCCAGACGAUGUAAUGGCCUCAUGUUAUACGGACAGUGGCGGUCGGUUUGACUUGCACGGGAACUCGUACGAACUGUCAACCAUCGAUCCAGAAGUGCGCAUUUAUCACGACUGCAACGACUAUGGCAGGCCAUGCCAAAGGGAGUGGAUCAUACGCAUUCCGGAUCGUUAUGUAUCCAGCGGAGCAGUGGCUAGUCGAACGAUGGAGUUGGGAGAACUGAAUCUCGAAGUAGAGCUCGAGGACGAGGAUCAGGAAUGUGUUCAUAACUGA